AUGACGGCCGUCGAUAUCAAAAGCGAGGGGGAUGGCGAUGUACCAUGGUGGAUGCAAAACCCGGAUGUGUUCAGUUCCCAGACUUGGAAGCAAUGUUGGCGCAGGUGCGUGCAGAAAGCGAUUCUGGUGGUGUGGGACUUCGGUGAUGCGAGAAAGCCGGAGGGGAUGAGCAGGGGCUUGAGGAUGCAGAGUCGAUGGUGA